CGGCAGCUCUCGCUCGCCUCCCGCUCGCUAGCCUUCCCCUUUCCCACCCCCGGCAGCGUCGGCCGCCUCCGGGUGCGCAGAGCAGCGCUCCGCACGCGAGCCCCUCCUGCAGCGGAGCCGAGCGUGGCGAGCGCCGGGGGUGCGUGGUGCUCCCUCCCAGCCGCCGAGCAACCAUGAGCCGCGGCGCGAUGGCCCCGGAGAGCAGUGAUGAUCACAUCGCCUCUUCAGGAGAAAAAGAUUGCCCGAGCUCCCACCUAGAUACUUCAAAGGACUCUAAAUCAGGAGACGACGACAGCAGUUCUGAGAGCAGUGCUGAAAGUGACUCUGAUAAUGAGGAGCCAGAAACAGAAAAAACAAAUGGGGAACUAGGAGAGUCUUCCGCCGAGGGCGCCUCCUGCCGGGCUGAAGAACGGGAGAAUAAAGAAUUGCCCACACAUCAUGUAAAUUCAGAAUUUAUUAAAAUUGAACCUCACUGUGAACACUGUAAUGCUGAAAAUAAACACAAUGAACAAGUGACACCCAGACUUCUUUCCAGGGGGCACUUUUUACUGAAGCUGGACUCAGAGGGGAUUUAUGAGUGCACAGAAACUGGGCUGAUAUUCGAGGUUAACAGAAAAGUUGACAUCAAGUAUUGCGUUUUGUCCUGGAGCAAAUACGCAGACCUGGUGGUUAAGCCCUGGGUUGUUGGCGGACCCUUGUUUGACGUUAAGUGCGACCCAGCCGCUCUCACCUCCAUUGAGUUUCCACAUUUCCUCUGCCUGGGGCACCACGAGGCCAACAUGACGUUCAAAGUCUUACACGUUCAGAGUUCUGGGGCCUCGUUGGAAUGUACUGUGGAUCAUUCUUCGAGCCAUGUCAAGUGGCACGUGAGCUCUCUGUCACCCGUGGGGCCUGUCAUUCAGAGUGAAGGAACGUUAUUCCACCACGGGGCUGUGAUUCUGUACAAAGUCGUCGACCAGAAUCCAUCCUUGUCUUUUCGCGUGUACGUAGUAACCAAUAACAACUCCUUCGUCCAGGAUAUUUUCACGUCUGUAAAGAAGUCUGCGAAGAAGUUCAUGAAAAUCGACAAGCCUCCUGUUUGCCUGAAGCCGCUGCAGAGUGGGAAGAAGUACAAACUGAUCAGUGAGCCGGAGGCCGACAUCACCCCGGAGGAAAUUGAAUUCAUGGAUGGUUCACUUUUAAAGCUGAAAAGUUACAUUGAAGUUUAUUUGGAGCAACCCACUGAGUUUAAAUUACUGUUGGUUGAAGCGGAUUCCGAUGAGAUUGUAUGGAAAGCAAAACUGAGAGAAUGUGACUGGGUUCAAGAUGACAAGAAUCAGAGCGUUUCAAAAAGCAGCACAAAAGGUAACAGGCGACGUAAAAUGAACAGCACCCUACCUGAAGAGGAGGCCUAUGAGAAAAGGAUGAAGCAGGUUGACACUUCAGGUGGAGCACACACCCCUUUAACAGAAGCUCAUUUGAUUACCCUUGCUGGAAAGCUGGGGAAGGAGUGGAUAAAAAUUGCCAUUGCCAAGCUGGACCUGGAUAUCAGCGUUAUUGAUGCUAUCCGGGAGAAGAAAGAAAGCGAUACAAUUAGUACGUUUAAGAUGCUGCAGAAGUGGCAAGAAAAGGAGCAGAGCAAUGCCACAGUCCAGAAUUUAUACAACUGCUUGAAAGACGUCUCAGUUGAAAUCCAAGAUGUGCUAGAAGGUUUCUUAUAGGCAAUAUAAGAUUUGGAAGAUGAACUGAAAAAGGAAGCCUCAGGAACUUUUUAUCUGCAAAAUACACCAUUUCAGCUGGUCACUGUGUAUAGACGUGAUGAGACCUGAACUUCACAGUCUCCGGAAGCAACUUCUGGAUAGCCAGCUACUCUACAGCUCACACUAUGUAAGGGUGAAGAGAAUGUAAACUUUUGGAAAACUUGAGGAAGAAAACACUUCUAUAAUAUCAAGACUUCUCUUCUUUUUUGGCCCCUCCUGCUCACACCCUCCCCCCUGCUCCCCCACCCAGACAGGUAUGAUUUACAAAGGGUGCUCAAAGUUGCUCAGCUCAGGCCGGUGAGAGAAGAUGCGGUGAUUUUCCUCUUGGAGUCUUUGGACUAUGAAAUUCACAUCAAGUAUUUGAAACAUUUUUAGCAAUUAAGUGAUGGUGUACUUGAAGUUGCACCAGUUGAAUCUAGCUUUUAUUGUAUUGACAUUAACAAUGAAGGGAGAUUCCCCUUUUACAGUAGCUUCCACACAGACACACGUGCCUCUGGGUACAAGACAUCUUUUUAUGUGGGAUGUAAUUUCCCUAUCUUAUUGCUAACCUGCCUGGUGAGUGGUCCGUUAAACCUCUAAUCCGGCAAUGUUACCUGGCCCUAGAGUGACUACAAAGCACUGGAACCCUCUCCUGCCACAGUGUGGGUGUGCACCUUCAGGAGUGAUCUUCUCACCUUACGGGUCACGUGCAGUGAGAUCCCUGCAGUUUUCAUCAACCUUCCGGAAUCGCUGGGCCAAACACUACUGCAUGUCUUGACUUUCGCCCUGGAUCAUUGAACUUUUGCGGGGGAAAAUCCACUCGGAAAUAACGUUAGCAGGACCAAGGAAAACUGUCACCUCUUCUUGAAGAAGACAGGCCCUAGGAAUAAAGGGUCACUCUCGCUCUUGAUAACUGGUGAAAUGUCUUUUUUUUUUGGUAUGUAUAAAUAUUGUCACUUUUCCAGAAUCAUGCAUACAGUGAUUAAUGUUUUGGAUAUGUUUUGUUUACUUAUUUGAAGACGCUAUAAAUUACCAUUAGUCUUCUGUCUACAUUAGCUGGAGAGUUAAAAAAAAUCUCAAUGAAUUAAUCUGAGAAACACACUUUAACUGUUAUUUUGCCCAUGGAGAACAAAUUCACCUUAGAGGGAGAUUUUAAUUGUCCGGGAUUUUGUGGAAUUCAAAUUAAUGUCACUUUAAUGAGUUUUUUUUAAUUGUACCUACAGAAUUUUAACAUCCAGAAGUGUAAACUACUUUAAAGGACUUGAAUUUUUAAAUGUUUAUUAUUUUUUAUAAGUUUUUUUUUCAAAUAAAAGCAUAAUUUCAGAGGUGCUUGGUAUAUCUGCUUAUUUCCUAAUAGUUUUCCAUCUUUUUCAUACUAUGGACAAAAGGAAGAAAAAUAAAUCUGAAUUUGUACAGUG